AAAUGACAUUUCGGAAAAAUGACAUUUCCUCAAAGAAAAUAUUUAAUAAUGUUUUACCGGAUUUGAAAAACUAUACGGGUUGACUAAAAUACUUGUUUAAACUACUGGUUUUUCUAUUUAAAAAAAUUAUGAAAAGUUUUGUCUCUCUAAAACUGAAUUUUACUAUUGAUAAUAGAGUUUUAAGGAAUUGAAAAAGUACUGUCUGACCAGAAUCUAUUUAUUUACUGAUUUCUUACUAAAAAGAGUUAAAAAUCUCAAUAUUCGACUAAAAAUUACUUCAAUUACUGAUUUCUUAAGAACAUAUGUUUCAGAAUACUUUGUUUGAUAAAUAUGACAUUUUACUACUGAUAUACUAAUUUUAAGGACAUUAAAUACUCCCAUCGGACUAAAAACUAUUUAAACUACUAAUUUCACAAAGAAAAAGAUUUUAAAAAAUUUUGACAGACUAAAAUACACUUUGAAUACUGAAUUCCUAAAGAGAAGGGGUGAACAAUGCUUUGUCUGACUAAAAAUAACUUAAACUACUGGCUCGGACUACAAAACAAUUUUUAUUAUUUUUUAAAUGGUAAAUUACUUUAAUUAUUGGAACAUAAAUAAUUUAACAUAAGUUAGUAACUAUUUUUUAGGUGAUUUUUCUCUUGUCUGACUAAAAUUUACUUGAACUACUAUUUUUUAAGGAUAUUUACUAAAAGUGAAACUACUUUUUUGCUACUAAAAGAAUUUACGAAUUAGUUGACAAAGAUGAAUGUUUAUAUCAACAUGAAAAUCCUAUUUCUCUUCUGGAUGUCUUUGAUUACAAUUCUAAACAAUUGUCAUAAUAUUCUCACAUCAUUCAACGGUAUUGAAUACAUAUCACUUUAUCAAGGGAUCCUGAUAACCGGUAUUUUAAAUCUUAUUGCGAUGCCUGCAAUGGCAAGAAUUGAAAUGCCGCCACAUAAACGAAGAGUAAUUUAUGGUAGAAUUGUUUUUGAGAGAAAUAAACUGUAUAAUAAGUAUCUUUCUAAUAUAUACAAUAAGACUACCGCAAUGGAACUUUUUCGAAAUUACAACUUUAAUUCAUUUUUUGAUAUGAAUACUUUUGCUAUAAUACUUAAAAAUUCUGCAUCUGAUGAAAGUUUUUAUAAAUGCAGAGUACAAGAUUCUGACAUGAACGAAAAAUUAAGGUUCCAUAGAUUUUUAGAAAAUUCAAUGAGUCCAGCCCAAGCAAUUGAACGUAUUCACAAUAUUUACAGUCAUGAAGACAUUAACCUAAUAAAUCUUCCAAUAGAAAAGUUGUUUGAUGAAUAUUUAGAAAACGAUCUAUUUGACACCGUGAGCUUUGAUGAUUAUUACGCCAUACAAAAUUUCCUAACUAACGAGUAUAUUACGACAAAUUUACCAAUUCCCAGUCUUUGGAGAAUAAAGAAAGCAAUGUACAGUUUAGCUCUUCGUCAGUACGAUUCAUUUUUUGAAUUAAACAUAAAUAGAGUAAUUUUUUGUUUGCUGAAAACAAAUUCGGAGAGUGUUGACAUUAACGGAACUUUAACAUUUAAUGAAUUUAUUGUUUGUAACCAUUUCCUUAGCAAUAUACGCGAGGAAUAUGAAUCUAGAAAUACUACAUUUGUGACCAUUUAUAAAUUAAACUUAUCACGUGACUCUUUCUUGGCUCUUAAUUUGCAAAACAUUGAUAAAACUUUAAAUCAGUAUAUCAUUCUUCCUGAUACUAAAUUUAAAAUACAUCGAUGGAAUAUUGAGUAUCGUGGGAGAAUAUACGAAAAAGUUAUAACCAUUGAAAGGGUUAAGAUUACAUGCUGUGAAUGGAUGUCAAGUGUUUUGAAUAAGGCUUAUCUAUAUGCAAAACUGGACGCAGAGUAUAAUCCAGAUAUAGAAGUAUAGCACAGCUACUAAAAUUUGGAUCCAAUUUGUUUUUUAUAUUGUCAAUGGCAAUAGAAUUACAAUGAUGUGGUUAAUUUUAUUGUUAAUAUUAAAAUAUCAGAUUACUUAGAAAAAGAUUGUUCAUUUUUUUGGAUCCUUCAUUUUAAACUUUGUAAAACUGAUAUCACAUGCGUGAUGCGUAAUUAAUAAACAUAAUAUAAUUUAAAAUUA